AUGUCUACGCAGCUCGGCGAGUUUGAGCACCGCCGCGUUAAACAGUUCUACAGGCGCACAAAUAAGAAUGGCACGUUUGGCCGCCAGAUCGCCCUCGAAGUCCGUCGCGCCAACAUUAUCAACAAGAUCGGUCAGUCGCAACAUGAAGCCGUCAAGCCAUGUCGCCAAAAACGGAAGCCGAAGAAGGCUCGAGCCUCCCGCGGACGACGACUCCACCUCCGAUUUGAUGAUUCACAGCCGCUCCCUCCGACUCAGCCCGACCAGCACUACCAUAUCUCGAACGACAAGCGGUAUCCCAUCAAGCUCGACGACUUCCAUUUCGAGAACGAAGGAGAUCCAGCCUGUGAGGUCAGUCACGACAAUGAAUAUCCAUGCUGUUACUCACUCUACGUCGAUCGUUACUGA